CCGUCAGUCUGAAGUGAUACUAGUGCAGACCCGCUACAAACUCCAAAUACAGCCCAGAACACACAGCAAAGCAGGACGGGAGGAAAAUGUUGCGGUUCUCCAGCGCCGGGACCGGCUGAACGGCUCAGACUGAUCAAUAACUGAAACUGCGGAGGAAAACACGGCUGAAACACACACAUUUAACUGCUCGUCAGGACGUCUGAGUUCUCCGUGCUGUGCCAGCCCUCUGUGGUCUCUCCAUGCCUCCGUCUCCUCUAGACGACAGAAUUGUGGUGGCGCUGCCAAGGCCUAUCCGACCUCAGGAACUCCGACUUCGCCUGGACACCAGCUACCUGGAAACCACCGUCGGCAAGACCACGGUAAUCAGCAGCACCACCGUGGUGAAAAUCCAGGCCGCCACGCUUUCGUAUAUGCCCUCGUCCAGCGGCUCCACACGCUCGCUGACGUGUGGAUGCAGCAGUGCCAGCUGUUGCACCGUGACCACCUAUGAAAAAGACGGCCAGGUCAGCGCCAGCAGCCCCAAUUUACACUCUGGAUCGGGAUAUGGCGUCCAGCAGGGGAGUGUGCACGGCAGUGCACCCAGCCUCACCUCCAGCCUGACCCGGGGCGGCAUGCGGGUCAUCCACCCUAAUGAGCUGGCUAAAAAGCUGACGCAUUGUCCAUUAGGUCACCCGAUCGGUCCGGUUCCCGUUAUUAUCGAUUGUCGGCCGUUUUUGGAGUUCAAUAAGAGCCACAUUAGGGGUGCGAUGCAUAUUAACUGCUCUGACAAGAUCAGCCGCCGGCGCCUCCAGCAGGGUAAAAUCACCGUCCUGGACCUGAUCUCCUGCCGGCAGAGCAAGGACUCGUUUAAAGGGAUUUUUUCUAAAGAGCUGGUGGUGUAUGAUGAGAGCACAGUGGACCCGGGACGGUUGACACCGUCUCAGCCGCUGCAUGUGGUUUUGGAGUCACUACGUAGGGAAGGAAAAGACCCCAUCGUUCUGAAAGGAGGUCUCUCUGGUUUCCGGCAGACCCACGCUGACCUGUGUGAGCACUCUCUCCAUCUGGAUGAGGGUCAGGACGGCAGCGGAGCCAUGGGUUUGUCCGGGGCUCUACCUCAUUCCCUGCCCUCCACGCCGGACAUCGAGAACGCGGAGCUGACGGCCGUCCUGCCCUUCCUCUACUUGGGCAACGAGCGGGACGCGCAAGACCUGGAGCUUCUACAGCGUCUGGACAUCGGUUUCGUCCUCAACGUCACCACACACCUGCCGCUCUACCACUACGACAUCGCACGGUUCUGCUAUAAACGUCUGCCCGCCACCGACAGCAACAAGCAGAACCUGCGGCAGUACUUCGAGGAGGCCUUCGAGUUCAUAGAAGAGGCUCAUCAGGCCGGUCGAGGGCUACUAAUCCACUGUCAGGCUGGUGUGUCUCGCUCCGCCACCAUCGUCAUCGCCUACCUGAUGAAACACACCUGGAUGACCAUGACGGACGCCUACAAGUUCGUGAAGUCGCGGAGGCCCAUCAUUUCGCCAAACCUCAACUUCAUGGGGCAACUUUUAGAGUUCGAGGAAGACCUGAACAACGGCAUCACUCCUCGAAUACUGACGCCCAGACUCACAGGCCUCGAGACCCUCGUAUAGCGGAUUAAAGAGCCAGUUGGAGGAUUUCUAGCCGUGCAUGAGGAGAAGCGGACGACACUAGCUAUGUUUCCAUCCAGACAUGCCAAUGAGAUUUAUGCGCAAAGGUGAAAUAUCACAGAAAACAUUUAGUGUUUACAUCCAGUCAAAGAGAAUAAACUCGGAUAUAUCUGCUGCGUUGGGGGGGUUUCCUUCUCUAUUAAAUGAGUUGCACCUCAGAAGAUGAAGACGAAAUGCAAUGAACGCGGUGGCUUUUGGAGGCAUGAGACGCUCAAGACAGUUGUGGAGGGAAUAAUAAUAGGAGAAUAAUAAUACUGAAGCACUGUGAUGACGGACUGACGGAGGGCUGAGGUCUUUUACAAUCAGCAGAACUACAUUUCAGAUCUGCAACCAUGUGCUGGUUUGUCCAUUUAAUGCAUCCCAUCACACGCAUUUUGAUCAUCACAUCAUCCGUUCAAACUAAAUCACGUCGCUUUACUGAUGCGCAUGCUGGAGUUUAUUCAGUAAAUUGGUUUCCAUCGUAGGUUAUGCACAUAUUUUCUUAUCGGAUUAUCCUACUCAGUUGUGCUCAUUUGUGCAUUUUCAAUAUGUAUGUGCAUCCAUUGAGUGUUUGUUUAUGUGAUGUACUAAAGUAGGUGGAUGGAAACAUAGCUAUUGAUCUGCAAACACUGUGCUGUGGUCAUCCUUGCUGCUGCCCGAAGACCCACAGGAGUCUGAGCUACUGUUUACACGAUGCUUUCAGCCAAAAACGGGAAACUUUUUGUGUUUUUGUUUGCCUGUUCAUUUAUAUCAGUGUUUCUCAACCACGUUCCUUGAGGACCACCAGCACUGCAUAUUUUGGAUGUCUCCUUUGUCAGUCACACCCAUUACAAGUCUUUCAGUCUCUGCUAAUGAGCUGAUGAUCUGAAUCAGGUCUGUUUGGUGAAGGAGAUAUGGAGAAUGUGCAGAGCAGGGGGGCCUUCAGGAAGGUGGUUGAGAAACACUGAUUUUUAUAACAUUUUGGUGGGUUCAUUUUGCCAAAACUUGCCAAAGUGCAAGUUUUUGAAUACAUCAUUACAUUAGUUUCCUUGUAAACAUCCAAAUAAAAAAAAUAAAAUAAAAAUAAAAAAUAAAAAAAAAUAAAAUAGGCAGAUUUUACACAUUAUUAUAGAGUUAAACAGUCGAGUCUUACCAUUUUUAAUACAUUCAGCCAAUUUCCGGGUCUAAGAAGAACAUUUUUAGCUUAGCUUAGCAUAAAUAAUUUAAUCGGAUUAGAACGUUAGCAUCUCAUUCAAAAAUGACCAAUGUAUGUUAAUAAUUUUUCUAUUUAAAGCUUGACCCUUCUAUAGUUACAUCGUGUGCAUUGUUACGUAGCACCUGAAAAUCUUUCACUCAUAUGCAAACAUUUGUGAGAUGUGAUUCAGGACAUAUUUACAUCGCUGCUGACUCAGAACCAUAUCUAUUUGAACCGUAAUGCACAGAAGUUCCUAGAAAAUUCCUAGCCAUAUCAGCCUGGAAAUUCAUUUUCUCAGUGCACAAUGUAAAAACAGAAGAGUUGAGCUUUAAAUAGGAAACUAUUUGGUCAUUUUUUAGCGAGAUGCUAACAGUCUAAUCCGAUUCAAUGAUUUAUGCUAAGCUAAGCUAAAGGUGCUUCUGCCAGACCCAAAAUUGGCUGAAUGUAUUUAAAACUGAUAAAACUCACCUGCUUAACUUUGGUCGAGUGUAAAAUCAGACUAUUUCCCGACAAAGUGUCCCAUUAAAAAUGGUGACAUCAUACUAGUGUGUAGUACAUACUAUGUAAGUAAACAUGAGCAGUGCGUGUCGAUUUUAAAGGCACGUGUGGGUUGUUGCUAGAAGGGAUACAGCUACGACAGGAAGUUUAUGAGAAUAAUUUAUAUUAUGUAUUGUGUUACCCAUUAAAUUGUAUUUUAUUAAUAUCUAUCCUUUACCCAACUAUCUCACUAAUGUAAAAACAGUAAUUAUACUAAGCUUUAUUUAUAUAAUUUUAUAAAUUACCCAAUAAUUGAAUUUUAUUAACAUCUAUCCCUCACCCAACUGUCCCAGUUAUGUAAAAACAGUUAUAAUACCAAGCAUUAAUGUAAAAAUAUUAAUUACUGCUGUACAGUGUUACAAUAAUAAUGCUAUAUCUAGUAUCCACAGCUGUAUCCCUUCUAGACUUUACCGCAAGUGCGAUCAAACACACAACAAUGGCGGAGUGCAUUGUUAUUAGUGUAUAAGUCUGGAUUUACUUCACCAAUAUUAUCACUAAACACAAAGACACAAUUUUAAACACACAACAACAAUUCCCUACAGCUGUGGUUAACUAACAGCAAUCUAGCGCCAACUACUGGCCUGGCAUAUAUGCAGUAUUUGCCAGGCCAGUAAUAUAUAAUACAGCAUUUUUGCGUAAACUCAAAUUAUUUUAAGGGUCCUUUCAUACUAGCACUUUUGAUCCGCACCCGGGUUCGAUUGACAUCAUAGUAUAGCUAGUGUAAACGUGUCUUCUGAAUUCGGCUGCGCACCUGUGAACCGUACCCGAGUCUGCCUGAAAAAGGUGGUCUGGGGUAUGGUUAAUGCGAAUUCUGGUACGGUUCACUUCUGAUGUGAAUGCAAUCGUACCAAAACCAAAAGAUUCAGCAAAAGCUGAAUGACCACGAUGUGCAAACGUAUUUCCAUUUCGACGCUUUGCUUUCGUGACCGUCACCUAGCAACAGUCGUAAACAAAACAGCAGCUUGAUGAUGCAAGCGUACCGGGGUUCAGAAGGAAAAAAGACAGUGUGAAUACAAACCAACCGAGAAGGUGGCAAGGGGAGACUUGGGUACGGUCCAGGCAAUUGAAUCAAGUGUGAAAGCACCCUUAAAGCAUUGUCAUUGUACACUGUAAAAAAAAAAAAGUUGAUGCAACUUAAAACUGUAAGGUAACUCUGCACGGUAACAAGUACUGGUCUUGACUCAGGGUAAGUUGUGUCAAUUUAAGAAAAACUCUGCAGCGAGCUGUCUUAGAAUUUUAAGUUAAGUCAACUUGUUUGUUUUACAGUGUUGUUGAAGGAAAAUGACUCACCCUCCUGUGAAAUCUUAGUUUCGUUUAACAA